AUGCAAAGAGCUCCGGACUCACAACGGUCCCCGUUACCUAGUUUACACACACUUAUACCGUUUUUAUUAUUCAAUAAGAAAACGUCAUUAAUAUUUACUGAUAUUCAUCAUUUAUCAAACGUCAUUAUGGAUAACAAUAACUUCGCUUUUACUUUCAAUAAUCUUGAUUCUAGGGAGGAAAGGACGUUAAACAAGCAAAUGGCAAAUGUCGAAACACUAUAUUUCGACGGAUUUGUUAAUAAGUAUUUAACAGUUUUGCCAAUGACUCCGUCGAAACCCGAGAGUUUUGCCAGGCAACUAUAUUUUCACCUAGAUCUGGGAUUACAUGGUGAAGACGAGCAAAAAGGGAAAGAAAGCUUUCAACCGAUAUCAUCUGCCAUAAAGGUAUAUCUCGAUGUUUGGUUUUACUCCAUAACCAAUAAUUAUGAGAGAGCAUGGAGCAUAACUUCCCCAUGGGAUGCUCUCUGUUACCUUUACACGAUCAGCUUUCCCUCAUGA